CUUCACUCUCAUUCCCCGGCUACCACAAGACCCAAGUUUAUCCAGCUACCUACACGUCAUGGACGUUAAUUUCAUUGUGGACUCUUGCAAUGAGGCUCUCAGAGAUGCUUGGAAGGUCCGAGUUCAGAAGAUGAGCAAUACCAACAGCUUCACCCAAUGGCUAUCUAGCAUUCACCCCCAACAACUACCUUGCAGCGUCGAACUGAACAAAUACAACUAUCCCUAUUGGAGAAAUGGCUCCUUCAACGCCUGCCUGAAGGUGACCUUCAGCAACGGCAAGGCCUUCAUAAUUCGCCUCCCGAUGCCAGGGAAAACCCGCGACAGACAUCUCGACGAGAAGAUUGGCGCUGAAGUGGCGGCAAUCUCGAUUAUCCGCCAGAGGACCGACGUCCCAGUCCCCGAGGUCCUCGCUUGGGGUCCCGCUAGCGAUAACCGUCUGGGCUUGGGACCAUUUAUGCUGGUCGAAUACGUCGAAGGGCUUCCUCUGCAGAGCCUUCUCCUCGAUCCCAGGAUCGGUAUCAUGAAGGCCGAUGUUGACAAGACGCUCCUCCGAGGCAUGUUCCGGCAAAUGAUCAACGUUCAGCUUAAACUAUAUAGCGUCGACCUUAAUUUUAUCGGAAGUCUGGACCUGCAACCCCAGGCAAGAGUUAAUGUUGGCUCUGGGAGCCCACCCUUGACCUUCAAGGCGACCGGAAUGGGACAGCUCGGAGGAAUCGACGGACUUGGCCACCGAUCCCAAAGAUUCGGAUCAGCUUACGAAUACCUUUCCUACCUCCUUGAACAGAGCUGGCAGCAAAUCAUGAUGCAGCCGAACGCCGCUCGGAACGAGACAGAGGCAAGCGCCCUAUUUCGAGCAUUCACGGUCCUUCGGUCGCGGCUCGGCGACUUUGUCCAUCCGACCUACAAUCAAGGGAGAGCAAAGCUAGUCUGCGAUGAUCUAAGCAUGAAGAAUGUUAUACUUAAGCCCGUAGACGAUCCCGACUUUCCCGCCUUCGCGGGCCUUAUCGACCUUGAGUUCACUUAUGCCGCACCCGCCCAGCUGGCUGCCACGAUUCCCUGGUGGCUUCUCGAGGAUCGUCCGACUAACGAGUCGUGGGACUGCGAUAAGGGCGAGCCGCAAGACCUCUGGGAGAGAUUGGUGGAGCAUAAAGAAAUGUACAUGGCUACCUUAGCUGAGGUAGUAGCUGAGAGGGCGCAGUUAGGACACGGGGCAAGUGAUAGGGAAUUCGUCGAGCUGGCCGAAUGGUCGUGGGACUCAGGCGCCUGCUGGGUCCACAUGAUCCUCACGGUCAACGGCCCCGGCUGGGCCAGCUUUCCGCUAAUCCAGGUUAGAAAGAUAUACCGCGGACAGUGGGAAGUAGAAGAAGCGGCCGUUCCUCAAGGGCAGGUCGAUGAGUUUGUCGCGGCGAAGAUGGCUAGCUUGCAGCAGUAUCGUGCUAAAGCUGAUUGGAUGAGGGCCGCGAAGGCGGAAAUGAAAGAGGGAAGGAUGACGCUGGACCAGUUCACGUCCUUAGCAAGCCAAUUACAUCCUUAGUGGUAGGGCGGCUAUUGCUGUUGUGUUACAUUUGUAACUCUUCGUUGCUGCUAGAAGCGCGGUUGAGACGGCGCUUCGACAGGCUUGAUCGGCGUCGUUCGCGGCUAUUUCGUUGCAAUAGAGGACUGUAGGAGGAGAACCAGAUGUAAUCUACAAGCGCC